UUCACGCGAUUUCAGUCAGUAGAGCAUCGCGAGCCGCUUGAGCUAUGUCGUGAGGUUGACAGGCGUCAGUCGCUAGGAGACAGGUAGCAGAGUUUCAGUUUGGUCGUUGCUUGAAGCAGUGAUCAUCAGUGUUGGCAGUUCGAGAAAAUAGAAGGAAAAAAAACGGGUGGAAUUUUUUUUUCAUAGUGCAAAGAACAGAAUUGAAUCAAAGUGAUCAUGUCAGUUUUGCCGAGAAACGUGAUCGAAGCCAUCAAGGAGCAUGUGACCACGAAGGGGAUGAAGGAUCCCAAGUUCGACAUAUCGAGUGGCUCCCGCAAUGGUGACAGUUAUUCCGGGGAUGUGUAUCGGAUCGUCAUUUCACCAGACCACGACAAAGAUGUCGAGGAUUGUCGCAACAAUAAUAGUGAGGGUGCCAUCACCGAGCUAUCGAAGGUCAUCAGCGUUAUCGCCAAGGUAGCCCCGACCAGCCAACUGCGGCGAAGUCUGUACAACAGUUCGGCCCAUUUUCAGCGCGAGAAGUACAUCUUCGAUAUCGUGCUGCCGACCUUCGAGAAGUUCCAGGAAACGCGAGGCCUGAAACCGUCACGGAUGUUUACCCAUUACCCGACGGUGAUCGCGUCCGACUGUAGCGAAGGACGAGAGUUCAUCCUGCUGGAGGACCUUUCGGCGGCCCAAGGAUAUCGGAACUUUCAGCGUACGGAACCACUGGACUAUGACAGCGUUUCUGAGAUUCUAGUUUAUUUGGCUCACUUUCAUGCCGUUUCGUUCGCCAUGAAAGACCAGGCACCGGAUAUAUUCGAGAAAAUUGUCGGCCAGCUGAGGGAGACUAUCUUUGUGGCACCGUUGCACAGUUCGUUCGAGGGUUUCCUCAAGCGGCAGGUUGACUAUGCGAUGAAAACGUUGGAACACUGUCCGGCCAAAGGGGACGACGAGGUGAGCAAGCGGCUUUUCCGAUUCCGAGAUGAGUAUGGACCGUCGAUGGUCGAGUGUGUGGACAACCGGGACGAUGUCGUGAUUUGCCAUGGCGAUUGCUGGAUAAGCAACAUUUUGUACCGACAGAAGAUUACUUCAGUGCAGAAGGAGCUGAAAUUUCUGGACUGGCAGGUUUCACGUUGUGGAACGCCGGUAAUCGAUUUGUCCUACUUUAUCUUCUGCUGCACGGACACCGAACUGCGAACUCGGCUACCGGAGUUGCUACGGAAGUAUCACUCCGCUUUGCUUCAGCGAAUCGACGAACUCGGCAGUGACGGGACGAAAUUGUUUCCUUUCGAAACGCUACAACUGCAUUUGAGAAAGUUUGCCCGGUUUGGAUUCGGAAUGGCCCUGAUGACCCUACACACCACUUGCUGCGUUGAGAAGGACCUGCCAGACAUUUCGACCACGCUCGAGAACUCCGAACUGGUCGAUCUGGACAAGUACGCCAAAGAUUUGCUGUACAAUCCGGCCUACAUUAAGCGCAUGACCGGCGUCUGUCGGGAUAUGGUAAGGCUGGGCUAUCUGUAGGCCGUUUAUACCAAAAUGCCGCAAAUAAUAUUUCCCCGACAAAACAAAGUAUCGCAAACAAACAAAAAUCGUUCCGUUGCGUUAUAAGUUAGGUUAGGUUUUUUGUUCAAACUAGGUUAACGACGUUUGACAGUACUUAGAGUGUAUCGAUUGUAUUUCAGUAUUGCAAGGUGAAAUUCACAAAAAAAAACAUUCGCCAAACCUACCACCAAUGAACGGAGGGGGGUAAGAGGAGAGGAAGGAGGUAGGGAUUAAAAUGGCAAACCACGCACAGGGAGUAAAACUAAUUGUAUCUAAGACAAAUAAGACAAAACCAAACGCGCUACAAACGAAGAAUUACGAAUCGUAAUUGGCAGUAAUAAUCAUCACAUUUUAGUGAUUGGCAUGUACAAUUGGAAAUAGAAUGAGUUAUGAGUUUAAAUAAUAUAUUGAUGAACGCACACACAAAAAACCGCCUGUAAACAGCACUUUGAUACUCAGUUUCUGGUGUUUUCUACCCUUAGGUUUAGUUUACCACUUUUAAUCGAUAUCUCAAUAAAGAUAUGACAUUAGCUGACUAGGUUAGCUGCGCUAGUUUAGUGUAAAAGUUGAAAUAAAUAUAGAGAUAUAUUGAUUGUUGAAUGCGAAUCGAAACAAAUUCCGAAAGCUUCAUGAAAAACAGGGGUAAUUACUUUUAGAACUUUCGACAAAUUGAAAUCAUUUUAAAAACCAAUAGACGACCGUCAAAUCAAAUUGACAAAACGAAUUUAAAAAAAAAACUUGUUUACCCUCAAAAAAAUAUGCUAAAAAUAAAUUAAUAAAACAAAAACCUUGUUCAAUCAUAAAAAAAAUGUAAUAAUGAUUCAGUUGAGUAAAAACCCCGCUUAAACUGAAACCGUUAUAAAAAGCAAAAAUAAAUGAAU